AUGGCCGCCAACAUCGAGCAGCAAUCCAGUCGCGGCUCUUACGCUGAAAAGCACCCUCAGCAACCAUCCGUUGUUCUCCUUGAUGAGCGUCGUCGCGCUGCUCUCGCAGAGAUCGACAACGCAAAAUUCUCCUGGUUCCACGUCAAAGUCUGCUUAGUGGCAUCGGUUGGCUUCUUUACCGAUGCCUAUGACAUCUUUGCCAUUAACAUUGCCGCCACCAUGUUGGGUUAUGUGUAUGGCCCAGGGUACUCCUUGAGUACCAACCAGUCUCUGGGUAUCAAGGUUGCUACUCCUGUCGGUAACCUCGUUGGCCAGCUCCUCUUCGGUUGGCUAGCAGAUGUCGUCGGACGCAAACGCAUGUACGGUGUUGAGCUAAUGAUCAUCAUCGUCGCCACGUUCGGUCAAGCUGUGUCUGGCUCUGCUCCAGCAAUGGGUGUUGGUGUUGGCGGUGAUUAUCCUCUCAGUGCAAUCAUCUCGUCUGAAUUUGCUGCCACACGCUCCCGUGGUCGUCUCAUGACUGCGGUCUUUGCUGCUCAGGGUUGGGGCCAGUUUGCUGCUGCUCUCGUUGGCAUGAUCUGUGUUUCGGCGUACAAGGACGAGAUCCUUCGAUCGCCUUACCCUGCCGCCGUCCCCAACGAUUACAUAUGGCGCCUUGUCAUCGGCCUUGGAUGUGUUCCUGGCGUUUUCGCUCUCUACUUCCGUCUCACGAUCCCCGAAACUCCCCGUUUCACGAUGGAUAUUGAACGCAACGUUCACCAGGCUACUGCUGACAUUGACAAUGUCCUCACAACCGGCAACUCCAAGCCCGAUGAAGAUGCUAUUAUCCAACGCGUUCAAGCUCCCAAGGCUACCCGCCGCGACUUCUUGGCUUACUUCGGCCAGUGGAAGAACGGAAAGGUUCUGCUCGGCACUGCCUACUCUUGGUUUGCUCUCGACAUUGCGUUCUACGGUCUUGGUUUGAACAGCUCUAUCAUUUUGACUGCCAUCAACUUCGGUAGCCCAACAGGGGAUUCAAAGACCUCUCUUUACGUCUACCAGAACCUGUACAACACCUGUCUAGGAAACCUCAUCUUGUCUGUGGCUGGUCUUAUCCCCGGCUACUGGGCCACCUUCUUGGUCAUCGACAAGUGGGGCCGCAAGCCCAUUCAGCUCAUGGGCUUCACCGUCUUGACCAUCCUCUUUGCUAUCAUGGGCUUCGCAUACCACAAGCUCAAUGGCUCACAGUCCGGCAGAGACGCUUUCGUUUUCCUCUAUUGUCUGGCCAACUUCUUCCAGAACUUCGGCCCCAACACCACGACCUUCGUCAUUCCCGGAGAGGCCUUCCCCACUCGCUAUCGUUCCACUGCCCACGGUAUUUCUGCUGCCACUGGCAAACUCGGCGCCGUCGUCUCGCAAGUCGGCUUCGCACAGCUCGUGAACAUCGGUGGCAAGAACGCUUUCGUCAACCACAUCAUGGAGAUCUUUGCCCUGUUCAUGCUGACGGGUAUUUUCUCCACGUUACUCCUCCCUGAAACCAACCAACGCACCCUCGAAGAGCUUUCAAACGAGGAUCAAGAGGGCUAUAUUCAGGGCGUCGCUGGCCGGAGCCCGGCGGAAAUCCUAUAG